CAAAGCUGAUAAGAACGCAUACCAAACAAGCUGACUGCAUCCGGCGAUGGAGGCCUCUGCGCUGGUACAACCGCCGUCGUCCUCUCCGAGAGCCUCCGGCUCCGUCAAAUAUAACUUCUUGAUUGCUUCGGCUGUCAUCGCCUCCAUCUUCGUGGCCUCCGCCUUCGUCUAUCUACUCGUUCGACUGCUUUCCUUCUGCCGCCUCGCCUCGUCCAUUGCCGCGGCGCCCCGGCUCUACCACGGUCAAUCUGAAUCUUCUUCUUCUUCCUUUGCCGCCUAUGCAGGCGAAGACAGCGCGGCACUCGUCGACUCGCUCCCUCUGUUCUCCUUGGCCUCCCUCGCCGUCAUCCCCAGUUAUUCUCCCGAUUGCGCCGUCUGCCUCUGCCCUUUCCUCCCUCACGACGAGCUCCGUCUCCUCCCCGCCUGCCGCCACGCCUUCCAUUCCCAAUGCACCGACCCCUGGCUCCGAUCCACCCCCUUCUGCCCUCUCUGCCGUGCCUCCAUUGCCAUCCCUGCCCCGCCCGUGACGCAGCCUGGAGCGACGACCGCAGAUCCGUCGACGAUCGGCAGCUACCGAGUGGAAAUAGGAAUCGUCAGCCAGAGACGCGCGAUUUCUGAGCCGAUCUCGUCGAGGAACCCUCUGUCGCAUCUGCAGACGUUCUCGUUAGGAUCUUCGUUCGAGUACAUCGUGAACGACGAAGAGGCGGUGUUGGCGCGGAUCGGGACGGAAAAUAGGAAGGAGGAGAAGAGUGAAGAAUCUUACAGGCAGGAUCCAGGGGCAGAGGUGGCGGAGGCAGCAGGUGGAGGAGGGAGGGGGUGGCUGCGGGAUCACCUGGACCGGCUGGCCUCCUCGGCUUCCUCCACUUUCUCGUCGAUCCACUUCUCCGGGAGGUGGAGCCACCGGUACGACGGAGGCGGCGGAGGAACGUGGUCGUGGGAUUUGGAAGGGAGCGCCCGGCGGGAGGCGGAGGAUGGUGGCUACUACAACUUUUACCGGUGGCUGAUGGGGGCAUAACCGUCAUUUACUUUUACAUUUAUAAUUAUCACAUAGUAUAUAUAAUCCGUGAAAUCUGAUAUUUGUAUUGGUUAUUAUUUAAAUAUAUUCUGAAACUCAAAUUAA